AUGUCAAAACUUUCACAGUUUGAAAGUGGAUGUUCACGUAGUAGAGAAUUACAAUCAAAACAUAGGCGUGAUGAAAUAUCUCAGAGGAAAAGAGGUGAAGAUGGAAAGCUCGCAUCUUAUCAGCAGAAACGGUGUCAAGUUCGAUCCCAUGAUGAUGGUGUAGCUUCCGAUUCAGAUGCAGAUGAGGUUGAGUCUUCCUGGAAACCUAUUGAGCAUAAGAUUAAUCCAUAUGCACCUGGUAUGAGGGCUGAACGAUUGGCCAAGGAUGAUCUCCGAGCCGAAUGUGAAGAAGAUGAAUAUUUAGACGCAAUGUAUGAUGAUCCUGAAGACCAAUUGGAAGAAGUUCUCGGUAAAGAUUCUGACAAUGACUCUAAGGAAGAGCUUGAAGAAGAUUCCAUGGAGAAUGAUGAUUGUGAAGACGAUGAUGAAUCUAAUGAAUCUGAUGAUUAA